AUGGGCAAGAGAGCUGCCCCAAAGGAGGAGGCCGCCAGUGCCAAGAAGAAGGCCAAGGGUGAAGAGCCAGCGCCGAAAGGAAAGGCCAAAGCAAAAGCCAAGGAUCCCCCGACACCAAAAGCCAAGGGAAAGGCCAAGGCGGAGGCCAAGGCAGAGGCCAAGGCAAAGGCCCCGGAUGCUGGAGCAGCGUCGGCGCCGGCGUCGGUGACGCCGGGAAUGGCGGACGUGCCGCCCGCUGGCGCUGAUUCCGCGCCCAAACUGGCCCAGGCGACAGAGGAGCAGCUGGAGGAUAGCCUUGCGUUCAUGGAGGAGGGUGAAGAGGAAUUCCCGGACAUCUUCUUCGAAGGACUAGAAGGUGACGAGGAGGAGAUGUUGAUGGACGAUGACCUGCUCGACCUGGAGUCUGACGAAGACUCCGGCCUCGAGGAAGACGAAGAAGAGGAAGAUUUUGUUAAGGACGAGGUCGGCGACGCGGCGCCGCCAACCUGA